AUGGACGAAGGCGCUCAUGAGAAACAACAGCAAGCACAUGUCCUGGGGAAGAAAGGCCUGCGACUGAUUCCAGUCAUCAUUGCCAAUGAAGUAUCUGAACGGAUUGUCAGCGCAUCUGUUGGCGCAAAUCUUAUCAUCUACCUAACAACAAAGUAUCACCUCGGCGCUGCAAGCAGUGCCAUCAUCAUCUUCGUGUACAUAGCGGCCGCAAAUUUCUUGCCAGUCUGCGGAGCCAUUGUGUCCGACGCACUGUUGGGUCGCUUCCUCACGGUUACACUCACACUUUUCUCCUGCACAAUCGGGACUACCCUUUUGUGCUUGACAUCAGUGAUUCCACGCUUGACACCGCCGGAUUGCACCCCUCCAAACCAAGGCUGCACUUCAUCUACUCCGGUUCAGCUAUUCGUGCUGUAUGCCUCCCUUGGUUUCAUGGCACUUGGAGCAAGCGGCGUCCGCCCGUGUUGCCUGGCCUUUGCUGAGGAUCAGAUUGCACACUGGGACAACGCAAGGAAGGACCGUGCUCUCCGGGGCUUGUUCAGCUGGUACUACGUAUCCGUGGGGUUCUCGCAGAUCGUGGCCGUGACUGUGCUUGUGUACUUCCAAGAUAAGUUGGGCUGGAAGGUUGGGUUCAUGGUCUCGGCUGCCAUCAUUGCGUCUGUCACACUCCUUAACCUGGCGGUGGCACCAUUCUACGUGAAGGCGAAGCCCCAGACGGGAGUGUGGGCUGGCUUACUGGAGGUAGCUGUCGCGGCUGUCAAGAACCGUGACCUUGAGCUGCCAGAGGCAAAUCAUGGUGUCCAGUUCCACAGCUUACCAGGUUCAACACAGUUGGUCCCAUCAGAAAAAAUGAGGUUUCUGAACAAAGCUUGCAUGGUGAGGACCCGAGUAUGCAGCAGCACAAACAACGAAGAAUCUGACAACACGAGCUCACGGUGCACCUGCACAGUGGAGCAAGUAGAGAACCUCAAGGCUGCUCUGAGCGUCAUGCCCAUGUGGUCAGCCAUGGUGAUGACGUUCCUGCUGCAGAGCUCCUCAUUCGGGGUUCUGCAAGCAGCCACCAUGGACCGUCAUAUCGGCACUACGAGAUUCCAGAUACCAGCAGGCUCCAUCUCAAUCUUUGAGAUCAUGACCUUCACGGUGUGGUCAGGCUGCUAUGACUCCUACAUACUCCCUCUGCUCAGGAGGGUCACGGGGCGUCAACGCGUGCUCACGCUGAAACAGCGCAUGGGCAUCGGCUUGUUCCUGACCGUCGUGUCCAUGGCAGUGGCAUCGGCGGUGGAGGCUCGCAGGAGGGAGGCGACGGUGAGGCAAGGAGCACUGCGGAUGUCAUCCAUGUGGCUGGCGCCCCAGUACGUGCUCAUGGGGCUCGCGGGUGCGUUCGGCAACAUCGCGCAGAUCGAGUUCUACUACGCGGUGCUCCCCAAGUCUAUGGGCAGCUUCGUGCUGGCGCUGCUCUUCUUCGGCGGUGGGGUCGCGAGCAUCAUGGGGACCGUGAUCCUCAAGUUCGUGAACGUGGUCACCGGCGGGGGUGGGGUGGCCCCGUGGAUCUCUGACGACCUGAACCUCGGUCGCUACGACUGCUACUACCGAUUGCUCGCAGUUCUUGGCGCCGUGGACCUGGUCUACUUCGUCGUUUGCGCUUACGUUUUCAAUGAGACAAUGCAGAACAUGACACUGGAAGCGGGUGCUGAUGGCGAAGCGGAAGAAAUCUUGAGUUUCGAGGCUAGCUCGGCAAGUGCUUGUCCCAACUAG